AUGGCGACAUUGGACACGUGUAAUCGUGCGAGGAAGGCAAUCGCGGCCGGAAUAAAGCAGCUUGUGGAGCCACCCACCUUCGCGGCGCGUAUUGCUUAGACCUCAUCUCAGAGUCCUUAGAGUCUGCGCACAGAAAUGAUUUCCUUCAACCUGCUCGCCUGGUGUGUCACUCUAUGGGUAACGGCAGCAGCGUCAUGCAGAGACUCGAUGGUCGGUAACUACAGUUUUGUUACUUGCUCGGGGUUCAGCAAUUCCAGCGAGCUGAGGGACCAGCUCCAACGGUCGUCGCCACGAAAGGAGUUCACGUUAGUGCUGAAAGAUAGUUGGUUCGACAGGGUUGUCCCUUAUGCGUUGGGUCAACUGCAGCCUUCUGUGCUUGAGCUGAGCAACGUCACUGUCGACUCGUUCUGUGACGAGGAGCCCUUCGCUGCUCUCAGAGAGUCGCUGACGAGCAUAGCGUUCGCCCAGAAGAGCUCCCUGCCCUGCUCGUGGAGUCUUCUGCGUCAGCUGGACAAGCUACAAGCGCUCAGCUUGUCGGGACUAGCACAGCUCAAUUUGUCCAACAGCUUCAACCAACUGCCGCAAAGCCUCAAGAUUGUGAGCAUCGCUCACUCAAGGAUCUCGAACGUCGACGAGGACUGGUUGUCUGCUCUGAUCGGGAUCCAGAUCGUCUCCAUCAGAAGCACCAACUUGAACAUCUUCCUCAGGUCGAUGCUGCCGAAACCGGCGCCGUUCCUCAGGCGUCUGGACCUCUUCAACAACAGCAUAGCAUCCCUGGAGAAGAACUUCAGCGACGGCUAUCCUGUCCUGAAGUACCUCACACUCGACAACAACAAGAUCACAACCUUCGAGGAAGCAACACUGGCUCCGCUGCUGCAGAGCGCGAGCCACAGACGGGUUCGCUUUAUCGGCAACCCUCUACACUGCGACUGCCGGCUGCGUUUCCUGCUCUCGUAUCCACGGGAAUGGCUUAGGGCGUCGUGCAAGACGCCGCGGAGGCUUAACCGCAGGGCCCUGAGCACGCUGGCAGAAGCGGACCUGGCUCCUUGUGACCAGGAACCUUAGCUGUCCCUGAUCGAUGAUGGCGUAGAUGGAGGGUCGCAACAGGCACCUGGGCAUACUUUCACCGCUUGGUAAAUAUAUUGAAGUACAAAACCUGUGGCCUAAAGGGCCCUGAAGGACAGUGAAAAACACACCUUCAGAACAAUAAAACUAUAGAUGACACAAA